UAUUACCUCAGACAGAGAUAGGGAAGAAAGACGUGCAAAGAGAAAUUUUAGAAGCACUAUUUGGUGCACCUAACAGAUUUGAAGAUCAUCAUCAAUCCAACCGUCCGGUUAGAACACACAAGCAGUCGUCCUAUGGUCGGAUUGUGGCCAAACAAAUGGAAGAAAAAAUCGUCGACGAUUUUACUUUUAUUACCAGGCAAACUAUUAACUGUAGAAAUUCUGAAGCAAAUGAUGAGAGUUAUGAUGAACUACGAAAAGCUGUUGCAGAGAAUUGGGUUACAAUGAAAUUUUACUACAAAGCUUCUAUGGAUGCAUUCAUGAAAAAGGAAUUUGAAUCUGCUCAAAACCUUCUAGAACAGGGUAACUUCUAUAAAACGAAGGCCCGAGAAGCAGAUGAAAAAUCUGCCCAAAAACUAAUUGAGAACAGUAACAAAGAAGAAGAAUAUUGCAUCAAUGUGCAUUAUCUUGAACCAAAGGAUGCCUUGUACCACAUGAAACUUCAUCUUAGCUCUCUUUGUGGUUUGUCAUCUAUUCAGUUCAUGAAGGUUGUAGUUGGGACUGGCGGAGACAAGAAAGACAAGCGAAGGAAGCUUCUGAUAACCAAUCUUUUGGAAGAGGAGGGUAUUACGUGGACUGAAGAAGGAAAUGGAUGGACAAUAUCCAUCCGAGUUGACCAGAUUGAUCAUAAUAAAUUGAGUUUUAUAAACAAAUAAGGCAGCCACUUGUUUUGAUUUGUCCAUUUCAACAUUAUUUUGUGGUGCCUUUGAUGAAGCUUUAUUCAAAUAUUGCAAUUAUUAUUAUUGGAAGGAAAACCAUUUAAAUUAGGUGUUACUCAUUAUUUUGAUUAUUUGUUGGGGAAAUCUCCAGCAAUACUA